CCAGUCAUUGUCAAAAUGAAGCAGACUUUCCUCGAAGCCGGUGACGAGAUUCUUUACGACGUGAUCAAAGACUUCGAUCGUAAUGAAAAAUCGUUCAAUGAGGACGUUACAGUUGUGACAAAAUGGCUCCAAGAGCAGCCCCACCUACCGGAAGUUUUGGAUAAACGGGUCAUUCAGAAUUUCCUUUUGCUAAGUAAAUGUAGCGUCGAAAAAACGAAGCAAAAAAUCGACAUGUAUUUCACCCUACGCUCAAAACUGGAAGAUGUGUUCGGCGAAAGUAACCCGAAACUACCCCACUUGAAGGAAAUUCGUGAAGUUAUGAAUUUUGUCGUUUACCCGAAAACUUUCAAAAACAACCGCCUUUUUAUUUUCAAAAUGCGGCAAGAGAAUUUGGGGGAAAAACUCGAACCGAUGAACGUGCUGCGCCACCUGUUGUCCAUUCACGAAAUACGCAUGAAGGAAGAUGUGACUUUUGGCGAGUAUUUUAUCGUGGAUUGUAGCCACGUCCCAGUGUCUUACAUUUUAAAAUUAACGCCGACUUUUGUCUUCAAAGCCGUGGCCAUAAUUUACGAAAAAUUGUACUCAGCGCGUCUGAAAGGACUCUACCUUGUUAAUUUUCCCAAAUUCGGGGAGGCGGCCCUGACUUUGGCCCAAAAAAUCAUGAAACCGAAGCUGUUCGAGAGGAUCAAAGUGUGCCCCGACUUGGACUCCCUCAAAGACGUGUUUCCGGAAGACGUACUUCCGGCCGAGUUUGGAGGAACCGGAUAUACGCUCCAACAACUGCGAGAUAUGUUGGAGAGUAAAUUAGGUGAAUACCAAUGUUGGUACGACCACUUGGACACGCUCCGAGUAGACGAGAAAUUGCGUCCCGAAAGUUUAAAAAAUGACGACAUUUUGGGAUUUCAUGGCAACUUUAAAAAACUCGAUGUAGACUACCAGAACGGUGAAGGACUUGGUAAUUAUUACUUCACUCACAGUCACUUUCUAGCCAUCAUGUUUGCCACAAGUGCCGACGCUUUGAAAACAAUCCUAAAACUCUACGACCAAAAUGAAGAAAGUCUUCGACUUGACAUAACAAAGUUGAAGAAUUGGAUGAAAAGUCAAGGCCACCUCCCCGAAAUUUUGGACGACAAAAGAAUUGAGAAUUUCCUAAUCCUCAAUAAAUUCAGUAUCGAGCGGACGAAACAAAGUAUCGAUAUGUAUUACACAGUCCGUACUUUAAUUCCGGAGUUGUACGAACACGUCAAUCCGCAAAAGCCGAACAUGGCCGAAGCAAGGCAAAUCGCCUAUUGGCUGGCGCUCCCGAAAAUGACCGACGAGAUGCACCGAGUGAUGGUUUUCAAAAUGCGCAACAAACAAAUGAUUGACAAGAUGGAGCCGCGAAAUGUUAUCGGACUUGUCAUUAAUUUGGAAGAAUUGCGAUUAAAUGAAGACAUAAUGUUUGGUGACGUCACCAUUUUUGACAACGAGGGCAUCAAUUUCGGCUACUUCAAAAAACUGACACCCAGUAUCAUUGCCAAAGUUUUGACAGUUUACGAAAAAGUGUUCUCAAUCCCUAUGAAGGCCAUCUACAUUGUUAACAGCCCGCCGUUCGUUAGCACAAUUCUGGCAAUCUUGAAAAACUUAAUGAAACCAAAAUUGUUCGAACGCAUUCACGUGUGCGAAGAUACGAGUAUUUUGACAGAAAAAAUCCCCAAACGCAUUCUCCCGCGCGAUUACGGAGGCGAGGAAAAGUCCCUAGAGGAGUUACAAGGGUUAUUGGACCUGAAGUUGGCACAGUAUCAAGACAGGUUUGACAAACUGGAUCAACUUCACGUCGAUGAGUCACAAAGGCCUGAGAAGUUGAAAAACGACGAAAUUUUGGGAUUUCAUGGCAAUUUUAAGAAAUUGAGUGUCGAUUAAUUUUUUAUUAAAAUAUGUACAGUACAAUAUAUACAGUUCAAAUAUA